AUGGAAUUUAAUCCAUUAAUAAUGAACCUUUCUGGAACACAAUCAAUAAGAUUUUAUUCAACAAAGAAAUUAACCCAUGUGAAUUCUAAAGGUGAAGCAAAAAUGGUUGAUAUUUCAAAUAAAUCAAUCACAACAAGACAAGCAAAAGCCCAUGGUUAUAUAACCUUUUCCAAUGAAUUCCCAAUCCAACAAAUUAAAGAAAAUUCAAAUAAAAAAGGUGAUGUCCUAAGUAUAGCUAGAAUUUCAGGUAUAAUGGCUAUUAAAAAAACUUCAGAUUUAGUGAUUUUAUGUCAUCCAUUAUCAUUAACAAAAGCUGAAGUUAUUUUAGAGAUUCAAGAUCCAUUCACCAUUAAAGUUGAAAGUGUGGUUAGAUGUGAAGGUAAAACAGGUGUUGAAAUGGAAGCUUUAACAGGUGUGAAUAUUGCAUUGUUGAAUGUUUAUGAUAUGUGUAAAGCUGUUGAUAAACAUAUGAAGAUUGGAAAUGUUCAAGUUGUUAAUAAAACAGGAGGGAAGGAAGAUUUUGAUUUAGAGAAAAGUAUAAAUUAG